AUGGGAUACUUGGAAUUCAAAUCCUGGGUCAGUCAUGUAGCGGGGCUGCCAGAAACUCAUUUCAAGGUAUCCAGGAAUCCACUGACUGCAUCCUUCAGGUUUCCUGCAUUUAGUUUGUCUGAUGUUAAUAGAGAUGGUGUCAUGGAUGCUACAAGCAUUAUGUGGGUUGCUGACAGUGCUCUCACCUUUGCCCAGCAUUACCCCUACAGGAACAAUGAGGAAAGAUGGAUCCCCUGGGCUGAUGUCCGUCGUAACCACCUAACCUUCAUUUCAUCUCUGGAAAUUGUGAUUUCUAGACGGUUGUAUGAUAGACAUGUCCCCAAGUGGCAUCUUGGGGCUAAAGUAUCUCUUGGGUUUAUUGGCAAGUCUACGGCAACAUUUCCUGCCGAGCUGUAUAUUCCUGGUUCCCAGGAAAUUCUUAUAAAACAAACAACACAGAUAAAUGGAAUUGACAAGACAACUCGCAAAUCACAACCUUUCCCAGACUGGUUCAGAAGUAAAUAUGAAGAUCAGUGUUCAUUGAAACAGGGUUUCAGACUAGAACCCUUUUCCAGACCACAGGAGACAUAUGUUUACCGACAUCAGGUUUUGUGGAUAGAAACAGACAGCAAUGCCCAUACAAAUUUCACCUCAUAUGUGAAAUAUGCUACAGAUGGACUUCACUCUGCCAUGAGGGAGGCAUCUAAAGAUGAUAGUACAGACUUUGCAUCUGGCCACCAGGAUGCAACAUCUGAUAAUGUAACUGCAUCAAGCAUCACAAACAGCUCUUUUGCUGGUGAAACAGCCAGCUGGACAUCAGAUGUCCCUUCAGAAGCUGCUUUUUCAGGAAACACUGCAUGGACAGGCUCAAGCACUGGGAGAAGGUGCAGCAGGAGAGCCCUGAAAGACAUGUCUAAGGACAUCCUUAAACAAGGCUUGAAGUUGUUGAGGGUCUGUUAUAUUAAUGAGUGUCUAGAGGGAGAUGUAGUUGAUGUGCACCUGUGGCAGGAAGCUGGUGAAGAGUUCACUGUCAGGUGUUCUGUGGAGAAAGGAGAACAAUUAAUUUGUCAGAUUGUGCUGCAGUAUUUUAGCCCACCUGCAAAAUUGUAA